AUGGAGUGGAGUUACCUGUUGGAAGUGACCUCGCUGCUGGCCGCCUUCGCGCUGUUGCAGCGCUCGAGCGGCGCGGCGGCCGCCUCGGCCAAAGAGCUGGCGUGCCAGGAGAUCACGGUGCCCCUGUGCAAGGGCAUCGGCUACAACUACACCUACAUGCCCAACCAGUUCAACCACGACACGCAGGACGAGGCGGGCCUGGAGGUGCACCAGUUCUGGCCACUGGUAGAGAUCCAGUGCUCGCCCGACCUCAAGUUCUUCCUGUGCAGCAUGUACACGCCCAUCUGCCUGGAAGACUACAAAAAGCCGCUGCCGCCCUGCCGCUCGGUGUGCGAGCGCGCCAAGGCCGGCUGCGCGCCGCUCAUGCGCCAGUACGGCUUCGCCUGGCCCGACCGCAUGCGCUGCGACCGGCUGCCGGAGCAGGGCAACCCCGACACGCUAUGCAUGGACUACAACCGCACCGACCUCACCACGGCCGCGCCCAGCCCGCCGCGCCGCCACCCGCCGCCGCCGCUGCCCGGCGAGCAGCCGCCCACGGGCAGCGGCCACAGCCGCUCGUCGGGGGCCAGGCCCCCUCACCGCGGCGGCAAGAGCGGCGGCGGCGGCGGGGGGGACACGGCGGCGCCCCCCGCGCGCGGCGGCGGCGGCGGGAAGGGGCGGCCCCCUGGUGGCGGCUCGGCGCCCUGCGAGCCGGGCUGCCAGUGCCGCGCUCCCAUGGUGAGCGUGUCCAGUGAGCGGCAUCCACUGUACAACCGCGUCAAGACGGGCCAGAUCGCCAACUGCGCGCUGCCCUGUCACAACCCGUUCUUCAGCCAGGACGAGCGAGCCUUCACCGUCUUCUGGAUCGGCCUGUGGUCCGUGCUCUGCUUCGUGUCCACCUUCGCCACUGUCUCCACCUUCCUCAUUGACAUGGAGCGUUUCAAGUACCCGGAGCGGCCCAUCAUCUUCCUCUCGGCCUGCUACCUCUUCGUGUCGGUAGGCUACCUGGUGCGCCUAGUGGCAGGCCACGAGAAGGUGGCGUGCAGCGGCGGCGCGCCCGGCCCGGGCGGCGCGGGACCUGCGGGCGGUGCGGCGGCGGCGGCGGCGGGCGCGGGCGCAGCGGGAGCGGGCGCGGGCGGCCCGGGCGGGCGCGGCGAGUACGAGGAACUGGGCGCCGUGGAGCAGCACGUGCGCUACGAGACCACGGGCCCGGCCCUGUGUACUGUCGUCUUCCUGCUGGUCUACUUCUUCGGCAUGGCCAGCUCCAUCUGGUGGGUGAUCCUGUCGCUCACGUGGUUCCUGGCGGCCGGCAUGAAGUGGGGCAACGAGGCCAUCGCCGGCUACUCGCAGUACUUCCACCUGGCCGCGUGGCUCGUGCCCAGCGUCAAGUCCAUCGCCGUGCUGGCGCUCAGCUCGGUGGACGGGGACCCGGUGGCGGGCAUCUGCUACGUGGGCAACCAGAGCCUCGACAACCUGCGCGGCUUCGUGCUGGCACCGCUGGUCAUCUACCUCUUCAUCGGCACCAUGUUUCUGCUGGCGGGCUUCGUGUCGCUCUUCCGCAUCCGCUCGGUCAUCAAGCAGCAGGGCGGGCCCACCAAGACGCACAAGCUGGAGAAGCUCAUGAUCCGCCUGGGCCUCUUCACCGUGCUCUACACCGUGCCCGCCGCCGUCGUGGUCGCCUGCCUCUUCUACGAGCAGCACAACCGCCCGCGCUGGGAGGCCACGCACAACUGCCCGUGCCUGCGGGACCUGCAGCCCGACCAGGCCCGUCGGCCUGACUACGCCGUGUUCAUGCUGAAGUACUUCAUGUGCCUCGUGGUGGGCAUCACCUCGGGCGUGUGGGUCUGGUCUGGCAAGACGCUCGAGUCCUGGCGCGCCCUGUGCACCCGCUGCUGCUGGGCCAGCAAGGGCGCCGCGGCGGGCGGGAGCGCGGGCUCCGCGGCCGUGGGGGGAGUCAGCGGGGUGGGCGGGGGCGGUGCGGGGCCCGGCGGGGGCGGGGGACCGGGCGGCGGCGGAGGCUCCCUCUACAGCGACGUCAGCACCGGCCUGACGUGGAGGUCUGGCACGGCCAGCUCCGUGUCUUACCCCAAGCAGAUGCCAUUGUCCCAGGUCUGAGCGGAGGGGAGGGGGUGGGGAGGAAGGAGGGUCGAGGAGACCUAGUACAGAGGGACUCUUGAUGAUCAGAGGUUCCCACCCCGUCACCGUGUUGAUUGCUAUUAGCAUGAUAAUGAACUCUUAAUGGUAUCCAUUAGCUGGGACUUAAAUGACUUGCGUAGAACAAAGUACCUGGCAUUGAAGCCGCCCAGACCCAGCCCCCUUUCCGGCAUUGAUAUGCAAGGAGCUCCUAGCGCCAGGCGUUAAUGUCUGUUGGCACUGGAGGGUGGACUCUGCUGCGUUUCCAAAACCCUAGGUUUGGAGAACUCACUGGUUGCCCUUUGCUGAGCUUGAAGCAACAUCAACAGAUUUGACCUGAGGGACAGAUCUUUCUCCCUUGACUCGCCCACAUAAACUCUUAACAUGUCCUAGAGGCGGGAAGACCACGACCUAACGGGAUUGCAGGGUUUGGGUAUUCUUAAUGACCAGGCAAAUGCCUUAAAUAAACAAACGAGAAAUGUCUUAACUAUACACCCCAAGUAAAUACGGGUUUCUUACAUUAAAGGAUGUAUUUAUAUAAUUAUUUGUUAAAUUGUAAAAAAAAAAAAAAGUGUAAAAUAUGUACAUAUCCAAAGAUAUACAGUCUGUACAUUUUUUUUGUAAAAAGUUUAGAGGCUACCCCUGUAAGAACAAAUAUAAGUAUUCUAUUUUGUCAAUAAAAAGACUUUUGAUAAAUGAUUUAACCUUGGCCCUCUCCCCCUGCCUCUUCUAAGCUGUUAGCUUUGACGUGCUUGCUAAGAACACAUCGGAGAAAUGGACAUUUUCUGAAUUAUCACUCUGUACGCUGACCCUAGGCAUGGAGAAAAUUACCUGUUAACUGCUAAUUCUUAAGUUGUUAGCAAAGUAAAUAUCAUUGU